AUGGAAACCUUAGCUAAUGAAUUACUUCUGGAUCUAUUCGAAUAUUUCAAUGGAAUUGAUUUGCUUCGUGGAUUUCUCGGCUUGAACUCCCGAUUCGAUUCAUUACUUUCCGUUCAUUUCUACAAAUAUCGUUUUGAUCUUCGUUCAAUAUCCAAACAUGACUUCGAUUUCCUCUGUCACCAUUACCUGCCAUCGUUAAUUCAUCGAAUAACUUCGCUGAAACUUUCCAACGACGAUGAAACACCAAAUCUCCCGGAUUUCUUUCUUUCCUACGGUUUUACACUGAACAAAUUCAUUCGGUUACAAUCACUUUCAUUGUAUUCAAUUCAAUCAUUUAAUCAACUCAAUCAAAUUCUAUUCCAAUGCCAUCAACUACCCUACUUAACGCAUCUUUAUCUAAUCGAUGGUUACAACGAUGACGAGAGAAAGGAUAUUCCAUUUCUAUUCAACAACAUAUGGAAUUUAUCGAAACUUCAACACCUGUUUAUCAAUUACAACACAUCAGGAAAAACCUGGCUGAAACAAAUGACGGGAAAAUCGUUAUCGAUUCGAUAUUUAUCCAUGGAAAACAUCGCGUGCAGUCUAGAAGAUACUACACAUCUUGUCCGACAAACACCAAAUCUUCAGUAUUUAAAUGCAACGAUUCAUGCGAAUGAUAACGACGAACGGGUAUUCGUAAUACCAUCAUCGAUCGUAUCAUUGAAGUUAGCUUUUGAAGGUUCCGUUCAAAUUAUGUUGAAAGUCUUUCAAAUGGUGCCGAAUUUACAACGAUUGUCACUGAAAACUAUGGAUAUUAAUCUGAAUGGAAGCAAAUGGCGAAAGAUUCUGAUGAGUUAUCUGACUCAAUUGAGAAUCUUUCAAUUGCGAAUGUAUUUCGAGUUUUCUCAGACUAAAACCGUCGACGAACAGAUAAGUAAACUUCGUCACACAUUUCGACAUCCAUUUUGGACUGAGAAACACCGAUGGUUUGUUCAAUGUGACUGUGUCUCAUUCGGAACGUAUCAUCAUGGAAUUCUCUAUACAUUACCUUACGCAUUCGAUACGUACAUUUGUUAUGAUGUGAAAAGAACGAGUCACACUUGUCGUUCCAUGGAAAGUAGCUUCUGGUCGUAUGAAAAUGUUCGAAAUUUGCAAUAUAUGAAAUACAAAAUGAAUCCUAUCGAUUGUUCAUCACAUUUACCGAUCAAAUUCACCAAUAUUCAACAGUUAAAACUAGGUUUUCCAUUCGAUGAACAUUUUUACUCGUUACUACCUUCGCUGCAUCAACUAAGAUCUGUCGAAGCUAUUCUUGGAGAGAAUUACAAUACUCAACAGUUACAAACAUUGAUUAACCUAUCGCCUGUUCUUUAUUCAUUAAGAUUUUUCUAUUCGAUUGAUUUGAAAGUCUCCAUCGUACAAUUGACAAGUCCAUCGAUCCGUCGACUAAGUUUUAUCGCAAAAUGUUCGAUAACUAUCGCAUAUUUCAACAAUGAAGAAUGUGCAGCGUUAGCUUACUCGCCACUUGGACAACAAUGCGAAGUACUUUCGAUUAAAAUCGAGAAUCGUUCGAAUAUUCUGGAUCUUUUAAAAACAAUGACUAGACUUCGAUCGUUAGUGGUUCUAUGUAAAGACGAUACAUGGGCAGAUAGAGAUGCAACUGUAAGCAAAGAUGAAUUAAUCGAUUGGCUUCGGAGUAGCUUACCAGUGACUUAUUCCGUUAAUCGCGAUGAAAAUGAAACAUCAUUCAUACGAAUUUGGGUGGGAGACAGACGAAACAGUGCGAUUCUGAUCUAA